AUGGCAAAGAAGAAGCAAAGCAGUGCCGAGAAGCUUACCAUCAAUCUCCCUGCAGGAAAGAUACCAGACCAUCUGGAUGAGGGCCUCGAAUGCCUGGAUUCACUCUUGCCCACCAUCAACAAUGACAAGGCGAUACACCUUUCUGAGGCUGAAUGGUUGUUCAGUGAUGAAGAGAACCAGCUACAGGCUGAAGACAGUGAGGUAGAAGUCGAAGAACUUGGUGUCCUUCAUGAAGACAAAGACCGUCAAUCAGAGGAUAGGUCCAGCAUGAAUUCGGCCGCUACUGGUGCUGAACUUACCUUCGUCAACAUGAACCCUUCGAGCUAUAGCGCUUCUCACAAGCGAAAACAGCUAGCCGAGCACAUCUCGGCUGAUGAAGAGCUACCAGUGUCAAAGGCUCCCAGCAAGAAGCAGAGAGUAGUUGAUGACAAAAAAGUCCGCGAGAGAAGUAUCCCAAGAAGUGAUGCUAGUGAAGCCAUGGCAGACGAAGACGCUGAUGCACCACGGAAAUUCACAGUCUAUGUUCAAGUGUGGUCAGCAUCUACAACCAUAGAGAAAAAAUCAAGCAAGGCAGCGAAAGGACCAGCAAUGAUAACCAGAGGCCCUUUCAAAAUUGACACGACACAAACUUUCCAGAAAUUCAAGGAGGCGGUAGCAGAAGUCUUACCAUGUCGACCCAUAAUGUUGCCCGUCUCUAAAUUCGUGUGGAAGUUCAAGAACCCACAAAAUGCACCUCGCAAGAAGAUAGCCAACGAGGCUGGCUUUGAGGCACUGGUCGACGCUGUUAUGGCAAAGCGUACUACAGAGAAUGUUGUUGUUUGGUUGUACACCCCAAAGCCUGCAAAGGAAGAAGAAGACUGGGACACCGGAAAUCCAGAUCAUGUUGAAAAUCCAUUCGAUUUUGAUGAAGAAGCUGGGCAAGACCUGGGUUCAGUGUCUAGAAAGGCACUGAUUGCGGAGAUGGGUAAUAAACGACUAGCAGCAGAGACAGAACUCAAGAACCUCUACACAUUUGGCCAAUGCCUGAUUUUUCCCGACAAGCGUGUGUGGCACGACAAGAGGGGCAACAGAUACUUCGAGCUCAAUGAUAUGUGGAUUACCAUCUGGGCAACAGCCAUUGCUUCUGGAAGGGCUGACAAGACAAUGCCUCCAACCUCCAUUCACUUUUUGGAUGACAAGAAACUCAAGGUGCCGACAAGCAUUCGUCCCCCACCAGGUGCACCCCUUGCGGAGUUUGGUGAAUUCUACCAUCAACGUCAAAGUGAACAGGCUCUCGCAAGUGCCAUGUCCGAUGUGCAGGUCCCACCGGUUCCUCAGCCACAAGCUGCGCCUCCUGCGCCUCCUUUCCCUCCUCAUCAGUACAGAUUCCAUCCAGGAGCAUACUACCCUCCAUAUAUGCACCCUCCAUAUGCCGGAGGGUUUGGCUAUCCUGGCCUACCAUAUUAUCCUCCUCCACAGGCACAUGGUCAAUUGUUCGGAGGACCGCCACCUGUUGGACUGCCUGGGGAACCACCCUCAGCUUCAUCAUCUCCUGGUGUAACUAUGUCUCACAAAGUCACGCUCUCUGACUUCUGCAUCAAAUAUUUCAUCUCGGAUGGCAAUCAAGCAAAGCUUGCAGCGCUGGAGUAUAGGCCAGGGAAUCAAGCUGUUGAAACACUCAAAGAGAAAGAGUGGUGUGAAAUUGGACAGUUUUCGAAACUCGGUUGGCAAUCAUUCCUUACUGCGCACAGGAAAUUUUGCAUGGCCAUCAAAUCAGGUACCUGGUUGAAGCCCAACUCGGAGUAG